AUGAAGCUGGAACUUUGGGAAGAGAAGGUCAAAGAUGGAAAUCUAAGCAUGUUUGAACACCUAAGUGAGGCACUUGAUAAAAGUGAAAACACUGGAGAACUAGAUGCGGUGCAGCUUGUGCAAUCACAUCUAGCUUCUCUGCGGAUGGAGUUGCAGUCUUACUUUCCCGAACUGAGUGAAAUGGAAUCAAAAUUGAUUAGAAACCCAUUCAUUGUGAAUGUGCACCUUCUCCCAGAUAAUAUGCAAGAAGAAUUCUUAGAGUUGGUGAACGACUCUGUUGCAAAAGACGCAUUUGAAACUCUUUCUCUCACCAAGUUCUGGUCUAAAAUGAGUGAAAUUUACCAUGUUGUAUCUGAAAAAGUUUUGAACUCUUUACUGAUGUUCCCUAGUACUUACCUGUGUGAGCAAGGAUUUUCAACGUUGUUGAAUAUGAAAACUAAACAUCGAUCACGACUUAAUGUCAAGCAUGACCUACGAUUGUGCCUAUCUAAUACUGCUCCUCGAAUUGAGGAACUUGCUUGUAACAAACAGGCACAUCCUUCACACUGA